AUGUCGCUCAUUAAGCGGAACAAACCGCUGAAAUUGAAGAAUUGGUCGGAUGGAACUGAAACAAUCGACGUGCUGCAUUCCAUUGCUGGGGGAAAAAGUACUUGCUCCCAGAAAGUAUGUCAGGGCAGUUUGAUGAACACUGCCAUUCCGACGAAUUCCGUCGUGAAUCAGCUGAGAUCUGCAGAAGAAAAAUUGGCCGAUGCCGAGAAAUUCUUGGACGAAUAUUACGAAUCGGCAAAAAGAAAAAAUUCCGAGGAACAUAUUCGACGAUGGAAAGAAGUUAAAGCUGACGUGGAAUCAAAAGGAUAUUACGAUUUGAGGCUGCCGGAAUUAGCAUAUGGUGCGAAAUUAGCUUGGAGAAACGCUUUGCGUUGCAUCGGGAGAAUUCAGUGGUCGAAAUUACAGGUUUUCGACUGCAGACACGUUACAACUCCGUCUGGAAUGUACGUCGCUCUUCUGAAUCACAUCAAGUAUGGCAUGAACAACGGAAACAUUCGGUCAGCAAUCACGGUUUUCCCACCUCGUGUAGCUGGUAGAGAGGACAGUCGAAUGUGGAAUGGCCAAAUUGUUUCUUUUGCAGGGUACACUCAACCCGAUGGGUCGAUUGUUGGUGAUCCUGCCAAUGUCGAAUUCACGGAGGUUUGUCAGAAGUUGGGCUGGAAAGGAAAAGGAGGUCGUUUCGACAUUCUUCCGCUGGUAUUCUCAUGUCACGGACAUGAUCCUGAAUACUUUGAGAUCCCUCCAGAACUCGUCGACAUUGUCAAAAUGUCGCACCCUGAGUACAAAUGGUUCAAAAGUUUGGGCCUCGAAUGGUACACUCUUCCGGGCGUAUCCAAUAUGUUAUUCGACUGCGGCGGAAUGGAAUUCCCUGCGGCGCCUUUCAACGGAUGGUACAUGUCUACUGAAAUCGCUGUCAGAGAUUUCUGCGAUCCGCAACGGUACAAUGUCCUGGAGGAAAUCGGCAAAAAAAUGGGCCUCGACACUAGCACCCCGGCGAACCUAUGGAAAGACAGGGUCGCUUUGGAACUGAAUGUAGCUGUUUUGCACAGCUUCCAGCUGAGUGGAGUGACCAUUGUGGAUCAAUACACGGCUGCGGACUCAUUCAUGAAGCACUUGAGGAAUGAGAACCGCGUUCGUCGAGGAUGUCCCGGGGACUGGGCCUGGAUUGUGCCUCCUAUGUCUGGGUCUCUGACUCCAGUUUUCCAUCAGGAGAUGGCCUUGUAUUAUUUGAGACCGUCUUACGAAUACCAG